AUGUUGACAGUUGCAAAGCCAAAGAAGUUGAAGGUUGCGGAUUCGACAUCUGCCGAAAGCGACGAUGUAGUGGACGAACAUCGUAAAAUAUUUGAGGCCAUGAACAGGAGGCAGUUGUUUUUGAAGGAAUUCGUGGCCGAGGUAACAGAGGACGACAUACGGGCACUUUCAAGCGACAUCAUCGAAGUUAAGAUGAGGAAUUCUAUUUCUCGAAAUCCUAAAGUUAAAAGGUAUGCUUAUGUCCUGUUUGAAAGUGAGGAGGUGGCUGAAAAAAAUCACGCGAGUCUGCAGGGGAAGGAGCUGAAGGGACAGUCUUUUGUUGUGGAUUUCGUCGGCAGUAAGAGUUCAUUCAAGAAUGCAAACAGUGGAGGUCUCAGUGGACACAGCAAGGUCCAGCAAGAGUUCGACAUGAAAAGAUUGUACGUGAAUGGAUUUAAUAAGAAGACAAUCAGCGAGGAGAAGUUGAAGGAGGCAUUCAGUGGGGCCACGAUGGUCAACAUCCCCAUGAAGAAGAAGGACAACACGCCUACGGGGUACGCAUUUCUUCAUUAUGAUGACGAAGAUGAAUGCAAGAAGGUGCAGAAGCAAGAGGUUUUGAUUGAUGGCAAGAAGCUGGUCAUCAUGUUUGCUAAGAAGGUUGUCCCCAAGGUGCCUGAACUGGUCAAGUCAUCCAAGAAGGAGAAGGAGGAGAAGAAGCCGCAACAACCGAAGAAAGAGAACGCCAAACAACAACAGCAGAAAGACGAAACAGUUGCCGCGCCUAAACUUAAAAAUGCCGCUGCCAACAACAACAAAACGAAAGAACAACUUUUGAACAAGGCAAAGGCGGAGGAACAGAAGAAGGUUUUGAACCAGUUGAAAAAGAUUGAUGAUAAGCAGAAAGGUAAGAAGGUCGAGUUGCUUGAUAAAAAAGGAAAAAUGGCCGCUGGUAAAGAUUCUGCUGGCAAGCUUGCUGCUAAGAAGGUAGCCAGUGCAAGAGAACAAGAUAUGGAGAUAUGUGAGAAAAGAAAGGGGCACGAGCAACUAGACGAGCAGCAGAGUUAA